AUGGAAGAAUUACUAUCGCAGCAGCGAUUAGCUAUGCGCUCUGUCACACGCGCAUUGGAAAACUUUAAGAAGAUCGGCCGUGCAAAUCACACGUACGGCAUAGUUCGGAAUCGCCUUCAAACUCUCAAGGAGACUUACGCUCGAUGCGAGCUCCUGCACGCACAACUGCUCAAAGUCGCCACCAAGGAACAAAAGGAUACCGAGAAAUACUUCAAGGAGGAUGUCUACAUCGAAUUGGAGGACGCCUAUCUCGCCGCAUCGGACUACAUCUCCGACGCCCUCGCCUCUCUCGAAGCAGAUCAAGCGCCAUCAAGUCCAGGGUUAUCCGUGAGUCAAUCACAGAAAUCCGAAAAAACUCUUACAUUGCCGCGCAUUAAUUUGAAGAAAUUCUCCGGCGAUUUACGGGAAUGGGAAACGUUUCGCGAUCAAUUCCGCUCCAUGAUUAUCGAUCAUGCCGAGUUGUCGAAUGUUACGCGCUUGCAAUACCUUUAUUCGUGUUUAAAGGACGAAGCACGCGACGCGUUGCGUAAUCUCCCUUUGACCGAAGCUAAUUUUAAAAUCGCGUGGAAUGUACUGCUCGCGCGUUACGAUGAUAAACGUCGAUUAGUGUCGGAACAUAUUCAUACGCUUCAUACGCUACCGGCCGUUAAUACCAAUUCCGCGCAGGAUCUUAUGUCGCUUCGAGAUACAGCUAAUAUGUUAAUUCAAGCGUUAAAAAACCUCGGUCGUCCAGUUGAGUGGUGGACGAUUUGCUCGUCUAUCUAG